UAUUGAAUAUCCUUUGCUGAUUGUCGGCAUUUUCUAGGGCUUUUGACUUUACAGAUCAAAGGUGAAUUCAUUUCAUUUCUCUUGUUGAUUGCCCUUAAUUACUUUGCAGAUGGUGUUCAUUUCAUAAUCAAACGAAUAGGCUUAUUCAAGAGUUAUCAGAUGCUGUAAGCAAUCAGUGACUCGGGUUCUACUUUUUCUAGCGAUAUGUUGUCUGAUGAGAUGCUAAAAGUGGUUUUUCCGCUACUAGAAGGACCCGACUUAGCUGCGUGUAUGUCUGUAUGUAAACAAUGGCAACAACUAGCUCAAGACGAUUACUUCUGGAAAUGCUUGUGCGCCAAAAGAUGGCCCUCAACAUGUAAGAACCCGUCACCCCCGAUAACUUACCGCAAACUUUUCAAAACAUUUCACAAACGUGAACAUCGUAGAACCCUUCUUCCCCCAAGAAUCUCCUUAAACGACCUCGAGUUCUACAUCGACAUUUGGGCCGACGAUGAUUUACUCUUUUCACAAGUUGUUCCUGGACCCACCCUUCGAACAGGCAACUGGACCCCGCCCCCUGGAAUUUCCAACAUCCUUAAACAUCAUUUGGAAGGUCCGGAAUAUAAAAUGACGUUACCUGUUGAACCACGGUUCGCAGUUCCCUAUACUCAAACUGUUAGUGUGUCUGUUCUUGUAGCUAGAAAGGAUUCAAAUAAAGUUGCUUGCAUAAUCAACAAGUCAAUGUUUGACUAUAUUGACCGGUCUUCUUACCGAGCACUUGCUUUUGAUUACCUUGUGUUCUCGCCUGUAUACCCUUUUGUGUCUGGUAUUCGCGCUUGGUUCUCCUUGUUAUUCAUGGAACAUGUAAAUGAGAAUGUGAUCGAUGUUUUUGGGAUCGAAAUGGACUUUUGUGAUGCUGCUAACUCGGAGAAUGAGGUGCUCUGGCUGUUGGACAUGCUUGAUUGGAAGUAAGUUACUUUCAAGAGUCAAUGACUGUUGUAGUUAUAACUAUUUUAUGUUUAUGGUGGAAAAAUAUGCACAGUUUCUGUAAGUAAUGUAACUGUGUACAAUGCUGUCUUGUUCUUUGAGGUUAGUCAAAUGUUGAACCUGGUUUCUGGUACAUUUGUAAUGAAUGGUCUUGUUGUAGUGUGUUUGAAUGUGUUGAUCAAUAAAGUACAACCUUUUACUUCUGACAA